GUAUUAACCUAUUGCAACACUCAUGAGUCGACGACAGGUUUGGCAACACUGUGUGAGGCAGGUAUAGUCUUACUCACCCACCUGGCAGUAAUGGCCGUGACAGAAGCUUGAGGUGUAUACGGAACUAUACUCGGAGUGGUUUAUGCUGAUAGUACUUCUAAUUAUCUUCAGACAAGCUUUGCACUGAUACCAUGGUCGAUGCUACUGUAAAACGUGUGAUUAAUUAACUGAAGAACGUUAAAUUGAGUGAUCCUUUGGGUGUGUUGAAACUCCCUGAAAAAAUGUGAAGUCCUUGAAAAUAUUCGAGAUUUGUGUGAUUACCUCGAGGCUGGUGUGGUCACUAUGAGUGUUGGUUGCCUGCACUGUCUCACACGCGGGAAAAGGAGUAUAUUAACAUACCGUUGCCAGCUGACAGUAGUGGUGGUGGUCAUGAAACGUUGGUGUUAGUAUGAACCGACGCCUACAUUUGAUAUUUAUCUUAGAGUCUCUUUCAAACUUUGACCUAAUAGCAGUGACCUGAAGCCAAAUCCAUCGUUAGUCACCUAUGAUCACCCUCCUGUAACCUGUCAAAGGUGACAUCAUAAGAUUUUUCAGAGUGUUAAUUUUGUCCUUCUGGCGCUAGACUGCCCACAUUAAUCAGUUACAAUUUACCUGACACCAAGCUUCACGUACUUACCUAUCGUCAAUGACCUCUUAGAACUAGAAGACUAUUCUUACCUAUUGCACGUUAGCUGCAACCAUAUCACCAGCGACCCCCUGAAGCUGGCUACCUAUGACCGGUCGCCAGUGAGCUCUUGAAAACGAAUUACCUAACACUAAUUCAUCGCUAAUCUCCACCCUGACUUAUAUACCACACCUGAACUACCACACCUGAACUACCACACCUGAACUACCACACCUGAACUACCACCCCUCAAGAGAUCCAGGGUAUGAAUAUGAGGCUCCUGAGAUCAUCAAGAAGGGCAUCAUGCAGGGACGUGGUGUGUGUACUCCUACUGGUGAUGACGGCUGGUGGGUGUGUCAGAGGCCAGACAGUGCCAGAUGUGCCGUGUAUGACAAACGGUGACUGUGAUGUCAAAGAGUGGACGUCGCCCCAGCCAGAGUGUAUAUCGUACAAGUGUCGCUGUCCAAAUGACACCUGCGUCGUCUACACCUACCUGACAGACAGCAACAACUUAUACUACUACUGUGGCGAUUGUGGCACGUUGGGGUCAGAAUGCAAUUCCACAGAGGACUGCAUGAGCCGCUGGCAAUGUUCCAAUAAGUUCUGCAGGUGUGAGAGUGGCUACGUGUACAAGGAGUUAUGCGUGAUGUACAGCCCCGUACCCACCUCCGUCAGCAGCCUAGUCCUCAUCAUCAUCCUGGCCAUCUUACUCAUCAUCCAGAAACUCAUCCACUCAAGGAAGACGCUGAAAAAGUGUUUCUGCCGGAAGUCAGGUGACUCUGAGGAAGACACCGAGACGAGAGUGGUGGGAUACAACCCGGACAGCAACAACAAGACGGCCGCCUACACCAUCACCAACUCGGACUUCAUGACCACUUCAGACGACCCUGACUUUGAUUGGGCUCUGGAACUCUCACGCCAGAUGUCGACCCGCGGGGAAGAAUGGCUGCUUUUGUCUAGCUCUACCUGGUCUUCCCUUUCCUCCAGCCAGACCGACCCCAGUUCGUCCAUCCUCCCGGAUCUAUCUUCAUCCCAGCCUGGAACCUCAGGGUGGCGCCCGAGGUCAUCAUCCACAUCGGUCACUAGGUCAAACCCCACGUCACGGCCCCACCGCCGUCGAUCCACACGCUCUUCAAUGUCUUCGGUCUCCUCCACAUAUUCCGCUUCUCCUCCUCCCUCCUCUUAUUACUCCUCUCAUUCUAUCCCAUACACCUCCUCCUUGCCUUCCCCAGCUUCGUCACGCAGUACCCCGCCGUCAGCGUCCUCGACUCUAUCUUCACGGAGAAGCGGGUCCGACUCCUACAGAUCUUGUCCACGAUCUUCGUUCACACCAGACUCCUGCUGUGACCCUGGCGUGGCCAACGAUGAUGUCAGGGUGUCUAGACUGUAAUGCAGAACUCGGAUUAUUAGGGGUUAUUACUGUGGAAAAGACAACGCAUCAAGUUAAGUGAUAGCCAUAUUAAUUUGGCACCAAUCUCUGUGCUGCAACCUAAGUAAGUCUCUUAAAUGAGUUUUUACAUUAUAGUAAUGAAAUAAAGUUAACUUAUGGGUAUAAGAAUAUGAUGGAUCAGAGAGCAGUAACGACACAGAUGUGGUUGAUUGGUAAAGGAUUUCUAACACAGCAACAUUUGCAGUGUGUAAUCUUAAGUCGGUCUAUGAAGGCUGUAGUGGCGUUGUGCACUUCAAAAUAUUAACUGUCACUGUGACCAAAAUAUUCCAUCUUCUGUUACCCAAACUGAAUAUUGGCCCAGGCAUGGGCCUCCUUUCCUCAGUCAUGGGCCGCAUUACGAUAUAGGUAUUUUUCUGUGGCCAACCCACCAAAAUUUAUAUCCUACCUAGUCAAAAAGUGAUGUUAAUAUUGUAUUAGCACGGACAGUGAAACAGUUUAUCGUCACGUCCACCUUACGAUAUUUUCAAUUUACAAUUAGUCUUUUUCCCACAUAUGAAACAAAUCCAUCGUAAUAACUUUUGAAGUAAAAUGUUAAUGUUUCUUAGUAUUUAACAGAAGGUGAAAGAAGCAGUCUGUGAAUACGUUGAUUUUUCCUACAGUUACAGCAUUUUUCUUACUUAUGAGACACACCCACCAGAAUAAUGUCAUUGUUAAUAUUGGCGUACGAGGAAUUACAAUGACACAACCUAUAGACACAUCUAUUUAUUUAAAAAUUUACAAUCCCAAAGUAUUUCAACUUCAGGUGAUCAAAACAUGAAAUAGUAAAAUUAUGCAGGCGACAUAAUAGUAGUCAAGGUUAAAAUUAAUAAGACAUUUUGGUGCAGAUAAAUUUAUUCUAGUCACAAUGUUUUCCAUUUUGUGAGACACUCGCAUAUAACUCAAUGGUGAUAUAUAAACAACCAGUCAGGGUUUCAGUUUGUAAAACAUCGGGACUUAAUUUGUUAUUUACACUCGGUUAUAAUUUUGUCCAACUUUUUACAGUCAAGAGAGGAAUGUCAGAGGUUACAACCCUGAGGCAGCACUCCAGAUGCUCAUCUGUGAGUCUGGAUCUGUCAUUGGACUUUAUAAACUUCAUGCGUGAAACCUGGAUAUUUGUGCUGUAAAAUUCGUUAACUGGUACAUCUUCCAAUUUAAAUAUCAGUUCCCGGUCCUCUUGAACUUCGAUCAGUUCCAUCUGUAGAUAAAUUGGAGCGCCAUCAACAACGUGAAAUGGUGUGGAAAUGUUUAGGCUGGUUUCUUUAGUUUUGAAGUCAUUGAAACGAGAUUGGAAUUCCUGGUUCAAAACAUCAAGUUUCUAUCAAAUUUAUUACCUUUCCCAGGAAUUUAUUUCCACAAACUUCGGAGAGAGUAAGAAAGUGUGAUGUGUCAUCUCUUCGAAGUUGUGUCUGCCACAACCGCAGUUUGUUUUCAAAAGAUUUGAUGUGGCUGUGCAACUCAUGAAUCCGUUGACCUCUUGUCUGUAACUUGAUGUUCAAGUCCUUGAGAUGUGUCGUAAUAUCGACGAGAAAUGCCAUUUCAGCCAGCCAAUCAUUAUCAUUUAAUUCCAGCACUGGCUUACCUUUCAUUUCCAUGAAGGUAGACACUUCAUCUUUUUAGCCUUUCCUGAGCCAACGCACAUCAGAAUAGUAGACGAAAUCUGGGAACUGGCGAUGAUUCAAAGCCCGAGGUUUGAUGAACUUUAUGUAAGUAAUUACUGGAUUAAUGACAUGCUUAAAAUUAAGUGUCUAGGCAUAGAUAGAGUCUUUAUGGAUGAUACAGUGAAAUACAUUGUUCUUCAGGAUUUAAGCUGCGAUCAGACAUCUCUGCUUCAAUUCGCGCAACCAGGCCAACAUUGGAACCUGCCAUAGAUAACCCUUGUCCCAUCAGUUGUAACACCACUCAGUUUUUACCUUUUCUUUUCGGUGUUCAGAUACUGACUUUGCUUCUGAGAAAAGGUCUUCUCCCAUCGUCGCCCCUUUCAUUGACUGAAGAGCUAGUUGAUCCUCGGUGACACUGAAAUCAUCUUUACUUCCCCGGCUAGCUUCAUCUACCUGAACUGCGGGCCACAUUAAAUAGAAUUUCUCAAUCACUCCGCGAGCCGCACAAAGACAUGGUCCGGGCCGCAAGCGGGCCGCGGGUUGCCCAUGCCCGCCGGUAUACCAAAAAUUAUAUAUGGACUUUCAGAAGUUUCAAGCUAUAUUAUGACAACUCGAGAAGCAAGGCAUUUCCUCUAUGACUUUUGUUGAAAGAAAUACGAGUUUUAUUCGGCAGAGAUGCUUUUCUUCAUAACUACCAAAUGUAUUUCUAAAAGAGAUAAUCGACAAAGAGAAAAACCCUCAUUUGCACGACGUCUUGACACGGCAACUCUCUAUCCUCAGUGAAAUGUAAGACACAAGAACAACUCCAACAUAAAUGAAUCAUCGUCUUACAAGGAACAUGGCGCGUUCUAAACAAUUAUUACUAACAACUUAUAUACAUAGAUAAUUAUAAUGGGUGCCAAAAACCACACAGGACCACCACACACACACAAGGACCACCACACACACACACAGGACCACCACACACACACAAGGACCACCACA